CAGUUUCAGCGAGGAAAGAGUUAAAGAGCUCCGUGUUCCCCUGUGCCCGGGAGGCAGCCUUUGUGUUUAACAUUGGCAGGGGCUCAGCUCCGGCUGGAGCGGAGGUGGAGAUUUUCAAUUCCGCCCAGUCAGACGCGGGCAGGAGGAUCUGGUAAGACUAUCCCAGGAAAAGGCACUCAGAAGAAAUUCUCCGAGGCGGCGGCGGCGCCAGCAGCCCCAGCAUGAGGUUUCUCUCUGCAGGUGAAAAAGUGAGAAAUACUCACUGAAAUACUGAAGAAAAAAGCGAAACCCUCGUCUCACUGAAUUUGCUCACUGGGGACUUCAGGAUGGAAGCCUUGUGUUUAAGAGUUUCCUUCCUGCUGCUGGUCCCGGGAUUUGUACUCAGUGACAGCUCUGACAGAGACGUUUCCAACCGGAGCGACUCAGGAAACCCCCUUUCCACCUUCUCAGGGAUGGAAUCCAGCAUUCUCCUCACCACCAUACAGCCCCCGGUGUCCAACCAGACUGUCAAAUGCUCCCAGCAGACUAAGAUUGCUGAAACUUUCAAAUACAUUAACACCGUGGUGUCCUGCGCUAUUUUCAUCAUUGGGAUGGUUGGGAAUGCAACUCUGCUGAGGAUCAUUUACCAGAACAAGUGUAUGAGGAACGGCCCCAACGCGCUGAUAGCCAGCCUGGCACUGGGAGACCUUAUCUACAUUGUCAUUGAUAUCCCCAUCAUCGUGUACAAGCUCCUCGCUCAAAAGUGGCCUUUUGGAAAUACAGAAUUUGGACAGUUUCUUUGCAAAUUCCUUCCCUUUAUCCAGAAGGCAUCAGUGGGAAUCACAGUCCUUAACCUGUGUGCCCUUAGUGUGGACAGGUACAGAGCAGUUGCGUCCUGGAGCCGUGUUCAGGGGAUUGGAAUCCCGAUGAUCACUGCUAUUGAGAUUUUCUCCAUUUGGCUUCUGUCCUUCAUACUGGCCAUCCCAGAAGCAAUUGGCUUUGCUGUGGUACCUUUCAGAUACAAGGAUGCAAGUUAUGUUACCUGCAUGCUCAAACCUACAAACGAUUUCAUGUUGUUUUACAAAGAUGCAAAGGAUUGGUGGCUGUUUGGUUUCUAUUUCUGCAUGCCACUGGCAUGUACUGCCAUCUUUUAUACGCUAAUGACUUGUGAAAUGUUAAACAGAAGAAACAGCAACUUGAGAAUUGCUCUCAGUGAACACCUGAAGCAGCGCCGAGAAGUUGCCAAGACAGUUUUCUGUUUAGUUGUGAUUUUUGCUCUUUGCUGGUUCCCUCUCCAUCUGAGCCGGAUUUUGAAGAAAAUGGUAUACAAUGAAAAAGACCCCAGCAGAUGUGAACUGCUCAGUUUCUUGCUGCCCUUGGAUUACAUCAGCAUUAACCUGGCAACCAUGAACUCUUGUAUAAACCCCAUAGCUCUGUAUUUUGUGAGCAAGAAGUUUAAAAACUGUUUCCAGUCAUGUCUUUGCUGUUGCUGCUCCCAGUCUAAGAGUUUGGUGACUUCAGUGCCCAUGAAUGGAACAAGCAUUCAAUGGAAAAACCAAGAACUAAAUAAUCACAACACAGACCGAAGCAGCCAUAAAGACAGCAUAAACUGAAAAUUAAGGACUCUCACACCAUUUCAGAAUGAAACAGGAAAAGAAAGUCACUACAAAGCUAUUACAACAGGAAGCCCAGUGACUGUUCCAUUAAGAAUUGAGAUGUGCACCAUUGUACCUAAUUCUAGGGGUGACUGAGUAGAUGGAGUGAGUGUAACUGCGAUGUUCUGUGAACUGAGAUCCACUGGAUGACAAUUCUGCCUCUGUAAAGGAUAUUGAUGUCA